CAUGAGUGGCGAAAACUUAGCGACUGCUCCAGCUCGGGUUCCAAUGACAUCUGCCCAGCAGCUGGACGCUUUCAACUACAGACCGGAAAAAUAUGUAACCCACCCUCCGCCAACCCAGACUUCACAAUCUGCCCAAAUAAUGAGGCCAUGGCAACAUGCGCCCGCUGAUUAUGAAUCAAGGUCGACUAGUAAUUACGAUGGAAGGGCCGGAUAUCCUACGAAUGGAAACCAUAAUCCAAGUCUCCCACAAGACUUCACACCUUACCCCCCUCAGUACCAAUAUGAACACCAACCUAAUCAAAGUAACUAUCAGUCAUAUACUACUCAAAGUGGAACUAUGAACCAACAAUAUCCUCCUAUGAUUGCCGAAUACAACAGAAAUCGCAAUUUCCAGAACCCGCAGAUGUCGAGUCAUGAAAAUUCCGGAAGUAAGUAUGCAAGUCCAGUUAAUGCAUACCCGAGUCCAUUGGCUCCUCGUGAGUUAGCAUCAGUUCCCCAAACACCAGAAACUUACAUGCCACUUCAGUCGCCAGUUGUGGCACAGACUCCUAAGCACGAAAGUUCAGAUAUUGUCCAGUUAAAACAAUACGAUCCUAGUUGGGAGAAUUGGGAAAUGUUUAGAAAGGAUGCAAAGUUAACCGAACUCUUCCCUGGUCAAAGAAGUCAAAUUAGAAGGUGCCUUCUAAGCUGCAAACAGAAUAUGCGGGAAUCCAUUGUGCAAUUGGCCAGUCAUGCCACUAAGUCGUCAAAUGUCGGGAGUACCUCACAAAGCAGAGGAAUGCAUUCCAAAUUACUAAUGAGUGAAUUAGGUAAUGUUAAUAUCAAAGAGGAGAAAAAAACUGAGCAGGUUGAAAUAGAAGAUUCAGAAGCGGAAAAGGAGAGACAGCUUGCUAGGCAGAAGUUAGAAAUGGAGCGAUUGGAGUAUGAGAGGCUGAUGGAGUUGUAUGACGGAGAUAGAGACCUAGUUGAGAGUGCAUUGCAGCAUUACAGAGAAGAGAGACUAGCAGCGGCUGCAGCAGCGAAGACUGAAAACAGCGCAGAUGAAUCGGCAACGGGCAAGAAGAGAACGGCUCGGUGUGGAAAAAAGAACGAGGACGCCGUGAAAGUGACAGUAGAUGCAGUCAUGCCUCAAAAAUGGUGCACGACAGCCAGAACACGUGCGAAAGCCACCACCAAGCAAAGAUCACCAGGGGUUGGAGUUGGACUCCAUAUGUCUGACGUCAUCAGAGACGACGCCACCUUAGCAGCACUUGGGAUCCCACUUUCCGACGAUGAUUCGGACAAGGAAGACGAGGGCGAAAAGAGGAGUAAAAUCAGUGCUGGGUUGAGGAGACCCCCAGGAGUGUCGGAUGAUGAGUACGAGGGUGGGGACUCAGAGAAGAGCGAAGAGUCUGACCAGGAGUCGACUGGCGACGAAGAUGAAGAGGUUGAUGAUCUGGACUCAAAACCAGACAAGAAACGAAGUUCGACGGGGUGGUUGGCAAAACAAAAAAGAGGCAAUAUCUUGGAUGCCAAUUACGUUCCAAACCUCAAAGGUGUCGGGAGGAAAACGGAGUCAGAUGAUGACUUUGUGGUUGCAUCCGACGAUUAUGACUCGGAGGAAGCCGUUGCUCAGAAGUCCGAUGAAAGUAGCGACGAAAUUGUCGAGUCAGAAGACAGUGGUGACUUCGGAGCGAAGCGGAAGAAAUCGAAAUCAAAGUCUUCUUCCAAAAAAGGAAAGAAAAAAAGUAGAAAAAGAAAAGCGGCGUUUUUCGAGGAAGAAGAAGAGGAGGAGGAGAUUUCGAUGGUGAAGUCGAGAGGAGUGCGAGCUUCAAAAGCAACAAAAGAUUAUUCUGAGUUCUUCAAGAAGCAGAAACUGACGACAGAAGGAGGAGAGGUGGGCGAGGGUGGUGCGAAUGGACAGGAGGGUGAGGGGCAGAACGGGAAUGAAUCAGAGAUGAGUGAAGAGGUCGAGGAAGGCUCCUCUGAUGAAUAUCAAGCCUCUUCGGACCCCGAAGAUUUCAACGUGGGCAAAAAGGCUAAAAAGAAAGCAAGGGACGCCAAGAUGGCUAGACUAAAGGCAAUUCGAGAAGCUAAAGACAACAGACGCAAAACAAAGAAGACUAGUUCAGAUGAGGACCCUGCGUACAGUCCCAAGAAGGGAGCCAGUCCUAUUGUGGCUAGUCGGGGAGCGAGGAAGAAAAAGACGGUGAUCAAUGAUGACUCGGAUGAGGAUCUUGGAGACGGGGACUUCGGAGGGGGAGGAGGGGGGAGUCAGCAAUAUAAAGGAGCGAGUAGUGACGGAGAUGACAGUGAUCGGGCAUUUGACUACAACCUAUCAAAACCGGAUAAGAAUGCUAUUGUGCGAUUCUUCAACAACAGUACACUUCAAGAGAUUCAACUGGUGCAAGGGCUUUCUAGGAAAAAAGCAGACCUCAUCAUUCCUCUGCGGCCCUUCGCAAAUUGGAUGGACAUCGUGCUCAAGUUCAAAACCGAGAAGGGUCUAAACGAGAACCACCUCGUAGAAGCGAAAGGCGUCAUUGACCAGCAGACUACUCUCACAAACUUCCUAGAAAAGUGCGAAUCAAUUGGGCUGGAGAUCGAAGAAUCGGUGCGAAACUUGUGCAAUAGACAAUCUCUAGACAAAGAAGACAACGAGGAUGUGGAUGACGAUGAUCAGAUUCAGAUCGUAAAACAACCUCAGUUGCUCAAUAGCGAUUUCAAACUAAAACCGUACCAAAUUAUAGGGUUGAACUGGUUGUAUGUGAUGUUCAAAAACAACACCAAUGCGGUGCUGUCUGAUGAGAUGGGAUUGGGCAAGACCAUUCAGACGAUCGCGUUCCUAGCAUACCUGAAGGAAAACAACGAGGUCUAUGGCAAACAGAUGAUAAUAGCUCCUGCUUCUACCCUCGAGAACUGGGCCAGAGAGUUCACAGACUGGUGUCCUUCCAUGAAGUUGUUCCUCUAUUAUGGAUCUCAAGAGGAGAGGGUGGACUUACGAAGGAGAGCACUCUAUGACAAGGAGGACUUCGAUGUUAUAAUCACCACAUAUAAUGUCUGCAUCUCAAAUAUACUGGACAGGACUCUAUUCAAAAAACUUCACAUCCAGUACAUGGUGAUAGACGAAGGCCAUAUGUUGCGCAACAUGAACUCGCAGAGGUACCAGCAACUGAUGCGCAUCAGGGCAGACAGUCGCCUGCUGCUCACUGGGACUCCUCUGCAGAACAACCUGGUCGAAUUAGUGUCCGUGUUGACAUUUGUGAUGCCAAAACUAUUUGGACAGCAUAUUGAGGCAUUUAAAACACACUUUCAAGCAUAUGCUGGUCGCAAUGGAAAUGGAGAAGAAGAUUCUAGUGAUUUUGAGUCUGCCAGGAUAGAACAAGCGAAGAAGAUCAUGAGGCCAUUCAUGUUGAGACGACUGAAGAAGGAUGUGAUCAAACAGCUGCCAGCCAAACAGGAGAGGAUAGUGAAGUGUCAGAUGACAGAGGCUCAGAGGGAUUGCUACAGUGAUAUCAAGCUCAGCCUAGCCAAGACAUUUAAGGAUCGACAGGAAGGUAAAGAAGAUAAGAAGGAUGGCAAGUCUCUCUCCAACGCCAUGAUGCAGCUGAGAAAAGCCACCAACCAUAAACUUUUACACAGACGCAUAUUCACAGUGCCAAUGAUGACCAAACUAUCCAAAGCUCUAGUCAGAACAGAGAAGUACGAGAGCUCCAACGAACAUCUGGUGUUGGAAGACUUGACUUACAUGUCAGACUUCGAGAUACAUCAGUUGUGCCACGAUUCGGCAAAAACAAGAAAGUUCUGUUUACCGAAUGAGGAUAUUUUGGAUAGUGCUAAAAUCAGAGCGCUGGAUAAACUGUUGCCGGAAAUUAAAGAGAAACAGGAAAAGGUGCUCUUGUUCAGCCAGUUUGUGAUUGUGCUCGACAUUUUGCAGGAGUACUUGGCGAUCAGGAAGCACAAGUUUAUCCGACUAGACGGCAGCACAGGAGUAGAACAGCGACUGCUCAUGAUAGAUGAGUUUAACCGCAGUUCCUCGGAGGACUGUUUCGUGUUCCUUCUCUCCACCAGGGCAGGGGGUCUGGGGAUUAACCUCACAUCGGCCAACCACGUCAUCAUACACGACAUAGACUUCAACCCUUACAACGACAAACAGGCUGAAGACAGAGCACACAGAGUGGGCCAAGAGAAGGAAGUGUUUGUCUACAGACUCAUAGUUGAAGACUCAAUUGAUGAGGGAAUGCUGGCGAUCGCAGACGAAAAGCUCAAAUUAGAGGAGAAUCUCAGUACCAAUGUUCAUAAAACACGACUGCCGACAGACAGUAAUGAUGGAACGCCUGUGGCGUCUGAUAACGAGGAUUCCAAUAGCAGCGUCCCCGGAGGUCCACAACAGUCCUCGGACGUCGCAACUCUUCUUGGGAAUAUUCUAGAACUUUAAUCUAUUAUAUUUGUAGAAUGAAUAAAACGGUAUGUGUACUGUCUUUUUUUUAAGUGUCAAUGAACAAAAUGAAGACAUUUGUUACGUCGUGUAGAUUCUUUUUCGUGAGUUUUAAAAUUUUUUCAGGCGUGUUCUUUUUGCUAUUUGGCUUCCGAUUUGGCUCGCCUCAAAUUCAUUAAGUUAAAAGGAAGGCAAAUUUAGCCCUCCAA